ACCAACACCACAACUCCCACCACACCAUUGCAGAGCUUCAAAACAUUUAUUUCUAAAUCAAGCAUUCAGAAAAAAAAAAGUAACAAUGGCUUCAAAAGCUCAAGCUUCUCUUGCGUUUUUUAUGGCACUCAACAUGCUUUUCUUCAACAUGUCGAGUGCAACCGUCACUUACACUUGCCCGAGUGACGUCUACUUAAACCUGAAAUUAUGUGUCAAUGUGUUGGGCCUCAUCAGUCUUCCACCAAACGCUCAGUGCUGCGGAAUUCUGGGUACUCUUGCUGAUGCUGAAGCUGCUGCUUGCGUCUGCGCUGCCAUUAAAGCUAAUAUCUUGGGCAUACCGCUGAACCUCACUCUUAACCUAGCCUUGAAUUUGUUGCUUAAGGACUGUGGCAAGACUCUUCCUGUUGGAUACGUUUGCCCUGCUUAAUUGUUGAUUAAGUGGCUUAUUUGUGCAUGUUAUGCAUGAAUUUACAAGCCAAUUAAUUAAUGAAUAUCAACUACCUUGAGUUAUGUACUUUCAAUUAAAAUGGGUGUGGAAGACAAGCAGUACUAGAUGUUUCUUCUUGUCUUGAUCGCUUUGUAUUCUACUACUGAUUUAUCAAUCAGCAGUGCCAAUAAUAUAUUAUAAUAAAAGAGCUAUUUUGUUCUAUAA